CCAGAAACUUCAAUUUUGUUGCCUGGUGCAGCAGGUAGCAGUGACCCUCUGAGGCGUUUGGUGCUCCGGUAGCUACCAGGGCUGGAGAGCGAGCGUUGCCAUGGAAAUAUACACUUCGGAUAACUACUCCGAAGAAGUAGGGUCUGGAGACUAUGACUCCAACAAGGAACCCUGCUUCCGGGAUGAAAACGAAAACUUCAACAGGAUCUUCCUGCCCACCAUCUAUUUUAUCAUCUUCUUGACUGGCAUAGUGGGCAAUGGGUUGGUAAUCCUGGUCAUGGGUUACCAGAAGAAGCUGAGGAGCAUGACAGACAAGUACCGGCUGCACCUGUCCGUGGCUGACCUCCUCUUUGUCAUCACACUCCCCUUCUGGGCAGUCGACGCCAUGGCUGACUGGUACUUUGGGAAAUUUUUAUGUAAGGCUGUGCAUAUCAUCUACACCGUCAACCUCUACAGCAGUGUUCUCAUCCUGGCCUUCAUCAGCCUGGACCGCUACCUUGCCAUUGUCCAUGCCACCAACAGCCAGAGGCCGAGGAAGCUGCUGGCUGAAAAGGCCGUCUAUGUGGGUGUCUGGAUCCCCGCCCUCCUCCUGACUAUCCCUGACAUCAUCUUCGCCGAUGUCAGCGAGGGGGAAGGCAGGUACAUCUGUGACCGCCUUUACCCUGACAGCCUGUGGAUGGUGGUGUUCCAGUUCCAGCACAUCAUGGUGGGUCUCAUCCUGCCGGGCAUCGUCAUCCUGUCCUGUUACUGCAUCAUCAUCUCCAAGCUGUCACACUCCAAGGGCCACCAGAAGCGCAAGGCCCUGAAGACUACGGUCAUCCUUAUCCUGGCUUUCUUUGCCUGCUGGCUACCGUAUUACGUGGGGAUCAGCAUCGAUUCCUUCAUCCUUUUGGAGGUCAUCAAGCAAGGAUGUGAGUUCGAGAGCGUCGUGCACAAGUGGAUCUCCAUCACCGAGGCCCUCGCCUUCUUCCACUGUUGCCUGAACCCCAUCCUCUACGCCUUCCUCGGGGCCAAAUUCAAGAGCUCUGCACAACAUGCACUCAAUUCCAUGAGCAGAGGCUCCAGCCUCAAGAUCCUUUCCAAAGGGAAACGGGGUGGACACUCUUCCGUCUCCACAGAGUCAGAAUCCUCAAGUUUUCACUCCAGCUAACACUUACGCAAAGACAUAUAUAAUAUAUAUAUAUAUAUGACAAAGAACUUUUUUUAUGUUACACAUUUCCCAGAUAUAAAAGACUGACCAAUCUUGUACAGUUUUUUUUAUUGACUGUUGGAGUUUAUGUUUCUCUAGUUGUGUGUGUGUGUGUGUGAGGUUUGACUUAAUUUAUAUAAAUAUUUUUUUUUGUUUGUCUGUUUCACGUGAAUGAGUGUCUAGGCAGGACCUGUGGCCAAGUUCUUAGUCGCUGUGUGUCUGUGUGUAGGACUGUAGAGCUGUAGAGGAAGGAACUGAACACUCCAGAAUGUGUGCUAAAUCGGAUAAAGCUAGAAGUGACCCUCAGCUGUCGCUGCAUAAUCUCUUCGCCCCGCCCACCCCGUUCCUGAAUUGUUUGGUUGUGCUGUGUGGUUUCUCUGUAGAAGAUGGCACUUAAAACCAAAGCCUGAAAUGGUAUAGAAAUGCUGGGUUUUUUUUUUUUUCUUUCAGUUUUCAAGGGUGGAUUGAUUUCAGUACCUACAAAUGUACAGUCUUGUAUUACGUUGUUAAUAAAAGUCAAUGGUAAACUUGC